AUACUGGCAAUCGCAAGGCGAUUGUCACUGUCAAACUUUGUUUAUGUAAUUCAAAAAUAAGAAUAUCCAAAUUACAGCUACAAAACCUCCCGAGCCCCGACGUUUUUUGUUGGUUCUAAUAAGUUUCGUUUUAACAACAUGGGCACCGUGCACGCUAAAGCUGAACAGAACAGUGACAAGGGUGCGGUAGGCAGCGGUAUAUUUGAGUUUGAAGAACCGGACACUUUUGAAGAACCUGCGCCUAAACCUGCUGUCAAACUCAAUGGUGUACGGGCUCGGGUUGACCGCGUCCAUGUGGAUGGACUAAGUAGAACCAAAGAUGAUGUCAUUAAAAGUACAAUAGAUGAUUUGUUCCAUGCAACAGAUUUUGAAGAUGUUAUUUUUCGUGCACAUAAGGUCCGUCGAGCUCUCGACUCGAUGGGAUGUUUUCGUGACAUCGGCGUGUUCAUCGACGUAUCAAAAGGACCAGAAGCUACACCCGAGGGAUUGGAGGUAACAUUUCACGUGAAGGAGCUGUCUCGUAUCGUCGGUGGAAUCAACACCACUGUCAGUGAAAAUGAAGGAAAUCUUGUCUUAGGAGUGAAGCUGCCCAACGUGCUGGGGCGCGGGGAGCGCGUGGCGGCCGAGUACAGCGUGGGCCAUCGCAGCUCCUCAAACUUCAACGUGUCCGCCACCAAGCCCUACCCGCACAGCCCUCUGACCCCCGUGUUGAGCGCGACCGUGUACCAGCAGAACCACGAGUACCCGUGGUCGGGCUACAAGCUGCUGGACCGCGGCCUGCUGCUGGACAUCGCCUUCAAGACGUCCCCCGUGACAAAACACAACCUGCAAUGGGAAGGCAUAGUUCGGGAUACCUCGGUGCUUAGCAAGACCACCAGCUUCAAAGUUCGGGAGAGCAGUGGUCCCCAGAUGAAGUCCGUGAUUCGCCACAUCGUGACGGUGGACCACCGCGACGAGCCCAUCUUCCCCACGCGUGGGACGUGGGUGCAGUUCUCCAGCGAGCUGGCGGGGCUGGGCGGCAGCGUGGCCAACGUGCGCACCGAGCUGCAGGCGCAGGCCAACAAGGAGGUGGCGCCGGGCUUCGUGCUGCAAGCGGGCGGCGCGCUGGGCGUGCUACACGACGUGUACGGCACGGAGCUGCCGGACCACUUCUACCUGGGCGGCCCGGCCACGUUGCGCGGCUUCCGCCAGCGCGGCGUGGGCCCGCACGCCGACCAGCAGGCGCUGGGCGGCACCGUGUACUGGGCGUCGGGGUUGCACCUGUACACGCCCCUGCCCUUCCAACCCGGCAAGGGCGGCCUGGGAGAGCUGUUCCGAUCUCAUCUGUUCGUCAACGCCGGCUGUUUAGCGCAUCCAGAGGAGGCGGGCGCGGCGGUGCUGGAGGCGCUGGGCGAGGCGCGCGUGGCGUGCGGCGCGGGCGUGGCGCUGCGGCUCGGGCGCGCGGCGCGCGUGGAGCUCAACUACUGCGUGCCGCUGCGCGCGCGGCCCAGCGACGUCGCGGCGCCCGGCCUGCAGCUCGGCGUCGCGGCGCAUCUGCUGUAGCGGGUGACUCUUGCUUACACUACGACAAUACGCACAUCUUGCGUUGUAAUUCCGAAAUCUGACAUACGAAUUAUAAAUUAUUAUGAAAAUGUUCAUGUAAUAUUUAAUACUUCAAAUGAAAGAUAUCACUUAUGUCACUAACAUAUAAUGGAACUAGAUUUUUUUGUAAAAUAGUUAAAAUUGAAAUGUAAUUGAAUAAUUUGGUUUAAAAAUACUGUAUUGUUUUGCCAUUAAAUUAUUUUUUCUUCGCUAAUCAAACAAGUUAUAUUUGACUUAUGUUAAGUUCUAGCGGUACCCUAGAGGCUAGAUUAGAUACCUGUCUACAGCAGUGAUGCGAAGAUACAAAAGUAAAGAUGCAACAUGAAACGUCCGUAUUUACGUAACCUAUAAGCUGAAAAAGGACGUAUUUUUCUACAAAUUUUAGCUAUUAAUCAAUGCUAAAAAUCUGAACAAUGUGUCCUUUUCACCAAAAGCUGUUAAAUGAUGUGGCCUUUCCCAGUAAACAAAGUUUUGAAACGAUGUGUCCGUUUCCACCAGAGCUAAGCUGUGGAACAAUGUGUCCCUUUCCGCUUAAGUUUUAAGCUGUAAAAGAAUGUUUCCUUUUUCAAAAGUUAAACUGUGGAACGAUGUAUCCUUUCUGAGUAUUAAUUAAAGCAAGUUGUAAUCCAAUGUGUCCUUUUGAAUUAAGGAUUCUAGCUUUAAAAUAAUGUUUCCUUUUCUCUGGAAGCUAGCUGAGAAAACGAGAAGACUUCCCUACCAAACUAAGGUGUAAAACGAUGUGCACUUUUCAUCAAAGCGAAACUGUGUAACAUUGUGUAUCUUGUCACUAAAGCUGAGGUGUGCAAGGACUUGUAAUUUCCAUCAAGCCAGUCUGUAAAACUAUGUUCUUUUCCAUAAAAGCUAAGCCUAAUAAAAUUAACUAUUACGUUACGGAGUUUUCAGCCAUGCGAAAGUGUAGACAAGUAUGUUAUCUAAAAAUUAUAUUAAUUGUUGAAAUAUAUUGUUUUAGUUUUGAAA